AUGGUUCGACUGCUCACUCUCGAACUCGCCCUGUCGCGCGUAAGCACCAAUCCCCCAAUGGACGUUAAGCACCUACUUAGCAGCGAGACACCACUCGAGUGUCAUACAUCACCGACAACGUCCGCCUUCAGCGUCUCCAGCACUUGCGUCACCUCGAGCCCGAACGAGGCGAACCGUGGCUGGGUGGCCCCGUUCCUCUUGCACUUGCACCAGAUGCUACGGCGUGAGGACUCGGCGAUCGUUCGCUGGGCAGCGGACGGCCUGGCGUUCCAGAUAUUGGACAAGCAGGCCAUGACGUCGUUGGUCUUGCCAAAGUACUUUAAGAACAAGAACUUCUCGAGCUUCCAGCGCCAGCUCAACUACUUUGGCUUUCGCAAGUGGAGCAAAGCCCGUGCGCCGUUUCCCACGUACAGUCGCGAGUACUUUACGCGGGACAAUUACAAUCAAAUGGCGCUGGUCAAGCGCCAGAGCAAAAAGUUUCGCCAGCGCCGCGUCGCGGCCGGCACACCAGUGCCCGCAACGUGCCGAGCAGGUGUGCAGUCGACUGCCGCGAGUGCCAGCGACAGGUGCCACGCCCUGUUACCGCAUACGCGUGCCGACCCAGCGACUGCUGUCACGUGGAUGUCCCAGUCCCGUGUCAUGUCUCCUACGAUGGCGCCCGCAUUCGUCCUGCCCGUGCUCUCUCCGACUCGCAAGAUGAACAGCAGCUCCAAACUGCCCUCCAUCCGCGACCUGCCACUCUCACGCGCCAUGUCGCACGCCGGUACCGGCCUUACCCGUCCUCGCCUCCUGGCGUAA